CCCCUCGAGAAGCACCUCCCUGUUGACGUUUGGCAGCCGAUUCACCAUCUUUUGACAAUGACAUGCAAUCGUUCACUAGGAUAUGCCAGACGAUAAACAAGGUUAGACAUUGCUAUCGAGAUAUACAAGUACAACCGAGAGAUUCUCGAUGUACAACUUUGCCACCUGGCUUACACGGACGUAUCAUCAAAGCAUCGGGUGGAAUGAGGAUAACCUGUACAGCAACUUAACACGGAGCUCGUCUGCUAUACUCGAUUUCGCCAUACCGCCGUCUCUAAUACUCCAGCUCUCGAAAUCGCCUACACCCAUAUUCUUCACUUCAUAUUCGCUCGAAGCACUACCUCAACUCAAUGGCUCGAUCAGCUAUAUCACCAGCUCGAUACCGCUGGCUGGAAUCACCCCUUCCCAUGCGGCCACUCUCAAAUCGAUGACACCACACUUCCAGACAUAUCCAUCUCCCAGACGUCCGUUACCCCCCGAGGAAGAGUACCUAGCCGGAGACCUCUUGGUUCCACCACGCGAUUACCUGCUCUACUCUCGUCUCCAUCUUCCAACUCUCCACCUCAGUGCUCUGGCCAGCACCAAGUUGUCAACGAACUUGCAAGGAAGCCUAGCUUUCAUGCACUCUCCUGGAACACUGUUUCGAUCAGAUGGUGGCAGCAGCGGCGGGAGUGGGUCGGCAGGGAGCGGGGUGGGAUCAUCAUCCAGCUCUACACAGCAACAGAGUGGGCCAACGUUUCCACCGAGCCCGCCAGCGAACCUGCUUCUCUCCUUGCAGCAAGACCAUGGACGAUGGGCGACCGAGUACACGUAUUCAGCCAAGGAUGGGAUGGUCGGUCUGCGAGGCUUAUGGAACUUUGGGUUGACGGAAGAGAUGCUCCGACCGACUGCCUUGGACGACUACCCGAUCGUGCAUAAAGCGGGCCCAGCUUUACCCAGCAGCUUGAAUCCGGGGGAAUUCGAGGGCAAGACCGAUAACGGGAAACGAGGCCCUCUGGUCGACCAGGAAGACAGCUCGGAGAAUGGUCUGAGAGGACGGUUCUCGGCAGGUGGGGAGAUCUACUUCUCGGUCAAGCAGAGGAGUCUAGGAUUGUCGACCGGGCUUCGUUUUACAACAAUACCCAACUCGACCGCCAACCCGGCCGCACCCGUAUCCCCACCUACAACCCUUACCAUCCUCUACAACCCUCUGAUGGGUUUCCUCUCUACGUCAUAUGCCGCACAGGUCACGCCACGCUUAGCACUCGCCAGUCGGUUCGGGGUCAAUGUCUACAGCUACGAGAGCGACCUGUCUUUGGGAGGAGAAUGGUGGAUCGGGAAAGGCAGAGGUAGCUGGAUCGGUAGUAACGGGAAGGACAGGGAGGUGGUGCCAGGUGGAGCGGGUGCGGAGCCCACUUUAGCCCCGACGACGGCCGACCAAGAUAGAGAUGGGGUUUUGCGCGCCAAGGUUUCGGGAACUGGGACGAUCUCGUUGUUAUACGAAUCCCGGAUCCGGCACUGUCUGGUAUCAGUCGGGGUGAUAUCAGAUCUUUCAUCUCGGCCAUCGACGUCAAGUCCAGUACAAGCGAUGGGUUUGGAAGUACAGUAUUUUGCGGACAGCUAGAUCAGAGUAGCAUGUAUCUGAUCGUGUCCGGGGAUGUAACUCGGCUAGAAGCAGCUUCUUCGAUGCUAGAGACUGGCGACGGUGGCGAGGAGACGCUGGAUCAUUGAAUCGAAAUCCUGAGGAACGUCUUUGAGACUACCCUGCGAGUCAGCCCAAUGGAGCAGAACUGGAUAGAUUGAUCCGAGAGAACACUCACUUCAAGAUCCACGCGUGCUCGCGGUCCUCGGCAGUCGAGUUUACGCAAGCGCAGGCGAGCUCGAUACCCACCAACUGAUUCGAGUGGAAGCUGGUU